AUGAGAAACACUUCCUACUCUCAAAAGUCUCUGACAGUCAAUGAAUCCAGCAGGAUGCGUGGUCAAAGCUCAUCUGGUCAUGAUAACCUGUCUUUUACUCAGGGCCAGGAAGGGAUUAAGGAGAUUGUAGAAGAAGCCAUUCCUAAGGUCCGCAUUUAUCGCCCAAAUGAGAAAGAAGAACUUCAGGAGCUGAAUAACCGCUUUGCAGGCUACAUCAAUAAAGUCCAUUCUUUGGAGCAAAAGAACAAGGCCCUGCAGACUGAGAUUGAAGAGUUGACUGCCCGUUUGAAAGAAAGGGGUCCUUGCAUUUCAGAUGAGUACGACAAGGAAUUCAAGGUGCUCAAAGACCUGAUUGAGAAGUUAACCAAAGAAAAGGGCAUGGCUGAAAUUGAGAGGGGAAAUCUAGAAGAAGAAAUUGAUAUCUGGAAUGCAAAGUGCGAUGAAGAGCUUAUCCUAAAAGGUGAAGCUGAACAGACCCUGAGAGAAUUCCGUCAGGAUGUGGAUGAUGCAACCAUUCAAAAGCUCGAACUAGAAAGGAAAGUUGAGCAGCUGGUGGAUGAGAUUGAGUUCCUUAGGAAGCUUCACGAUGAAGAAGUGGCUGAUUUACUAAAGCAGAUCGAGGAAUCGAGGGUCUCUGCAGAACUGGAUAGCAGUCGCCCUGAUCUGGCAGCAGCAGUUAAAGCAAUACGGGCUCAGAUUGAGCAGGAAGUCACCAAAAAUAUCCAGGAAGCAGAGAAGUGGUAUAAGAGCAAACUUGGUUCCCUAAAGGGACAGGUCUCCAAGAAUGAAGAAAAAAUGAAGACCAUCCGGGAAGAUAUCAGCAAGUAUUCCUCUCAAGUGUCAGACCUGCAAAAUGAAAUCGAUACCUUGAGGGCCCGCAAUGAAGCUUUGGAGAAGCAGCUGGAGGAUAUGGAAGCCCAGCACCUGGAAGAAGUGGCCGCCCUGCAUGAAAUCAUCGCUCAUCUAGACAGUCAGUUACUAGAGACAAAGGCUGAUUUAGCCCGCUAUCUGCAAGAUUACCAGGAUCUGCUAAACAUCAAGAUCAAGCUGGAUGCGGAGAUAGCAGUCUACAGAAAACUGCUGGAAGAAGAGGAACAGAGGCUUGGAAUUAAGAUUGAAAGUGAGGGGCAAAAGGUAUAAAAGCGUAAGAAAAGCUCGUAACCAGCUCCACUUUGCGAGUAUAAUGAGGAGAAUCUGGGCACAUAAAGACUGAACCUGCGAGUCAACUUCAUACUGAGUGUUCUACCAUUCUGCUACAUUUACCCCUAUCCUCCAAUCAAAACAGGCCAAUGCUUAUUUCAUAGAGGCCUUUGGUGCAGCAUUUCCACAAGCAUUAUUGUGCAAUUUAUUCAAUAAAUUAAACCUGCAAAUAAGAAGUGUGUGUCUAUGGAUUUAAAUGACUAAUUCAGGUAUGGGACCUGUUAUCCAGAAUGCUCGGAACCUGGAGUUUUCCGGAUAAUACUUGUAGAUC